AUGUCAAAGUUUGAAGUGACUGUCUUAGGUGCCUCUGGUGGACCUGAUGUUGGUGAAACACAGUGUUUUCUCAUUAGACCAUUUGGUUGGCAUGGUUUGGAAUCGGUAUGUGUUGACGGAGGUGCUGGUACAACUCAGAUUUCCAGGAUGCUAGCAGGAGAACUACGAGUAGGACUUAUAGAGUCAUUUUACGAAAGGGACUAUGAGCCGGUAAACCAGUUUUUCGAUUCUGAUGUACAGGUGCGACCAGGCCUCUCUGAUUCAACAUUGCAUGCACUGGAUAGCUCACCAAGAAUUACAAGUUAUCGUUCAGCCAAAGUUUAUGAGUCGAUCAAAGGGUACUAUGUAACGCAUCCUCAUCUAGACCACAUUGCAGCAAUGGUCGUAGAUAGUCCACUAAUAUUCAAUUCUCCAAAACCGAUGGCCAAGACGAUAUGGGGGCUACCAUUUACUACAAGUGCGAUUGAACGUUUUAUCUUUAAUGAUUCCAUCUGGCCCAACUUAAUUCAUGGUGGUGGACAAAGACUGAAGACAGAAUCAUUGACGGAUCAAAUUGCGACCACAAAUCCAACAUUUACGCAUAUUGAAAUAACACCAUUCCGAGUUUCUCAUGGUAAGGGGGCUUAUUCUCCACGAGAGAAAAUCUUCAGUACAGUCUAUUUAUUUCGUGAUAUAACCACAGACCACUGUAUAAUAAUCUGUGGGGAUAUGGAACCUGACAGUGAUGAACCUUUACUAUCGAACCUUUGUUCAUAUUUGGCGGCAAGAGUUCCAUUGCAUAAGAUUAAAGCCAUAAUCGUUGAGUGUUCAUCACCAAUUGAUACAAAGGAAUUAUAUGGGCAUAUGUCCCCAACAAGAUUAGUUGAAGAAUUGUCUCAUCUACAGAAUGUUUACGGUUGUGAACAGCGACCAGAUAUGGAUGUAAUAAUAACACACGUCAAAGGUCAUUGUUCCUUCAAAGAUCCAAGAUUAGUGAUUUUGAAUGAAGUUCGCCAAGAGGCCCAAAGAUUUGGUUUGGAGGGAAUACGAUUUUCCGUUGCUGUUAAAGGUUACACUUUUUACCUAUGA